AUGCUACGAGUCUGGGGCGUCGGAGUCUUGUCUGCGGUGCAACACGCUUGUCUGCUAGUGGAGCAGAGAAUCUCAGAUCUUGAGAGAACGGUCAGACGGCUGACUUCUGUCAUUGCCGACUCCUCCAACUAUUCACAGUCUCAGAGUCUGGUCGACAUCGAUGCUCCGAGCAAUGGCGAGUUUCCAAAUGAGAACGCGGGCCAUCGGCCUGCUCCUUUGGUGGUGAUUCAGGAUGCCGUUUCGGAGACCGCGCCUCCAAGUCAGACCGCUCCUCGCGUCCAGGACAUCGUUGCCAAGGGACUCCUGUCGAGUGCUGAAGCCGAGAACCUGCUGUCAAUCUUUCAGACGCACUAUGGUCGAUGGAUCGGACUUGACGAGGUCGGCUACACGCAAUUUCGAGCGGACAGCAUAAAAUCGCCUCUGCUGCUAUGUGCGAAUCAUUUAUUCUUGGAUGCUCAGUCCCUCGUCCGCGAGACCAUUCUACACACGCAGCAUUCCAUCGAAUUCUUCCAAGCUAUCCUCCUCCUAUCUCUGUGGCCGACAACACUCGGGCAACGACUAAUGUCCAUCGAUAGCUGGCUUAUCAGUGGAUAUGCACUUCAGAAUGGAUUGAUAUCCAACAGCUUCAAGUCAAAGCUUGCAUCAGAUGCCGGCGUCGAGCAGGAAACCUCGUCCCUUCGCAGCGUGCUCGUGCGGAACCAUCUCUGCCUCGCACACUUGCAUGCAAGCGUCAGUAUGCGAAGGCAGUCCAUGGUGACGAAAAGCGAUGUCGAAGCAUCACGGAAAAUCUUACAAAGCGACAUUGUAACGAACUUCGAGACUCGAAUGGUGGCUGAGCUUCACCUCUACUGGACCAUCUACGAGCAAUGCGUCGCGGUGGAUGUCCAUUUGCCGCGAGCCAAAGCUGCGUUACAGAGCUGGAAAGAAGAGUGGGCGUUCCUGUUCAAUCAGCCACGCCGCCAAUUCCUGGAGAUCAGCUUCUUUUUCGCCGGGCUACUGAUGUACGAACAAUCAUUGAGUAGCAAGUCUGCGGCAGUCAGAGAAUCCUUAGUCUCAGAGAUGAUACGCCUGUCCUCGAACAUCCUCACACUUUCGAUGGAGAAGGCCGACGAAAGGACUAAGCACUUGACCGACCAUGUCUACCACGUCAUCACCUUCGCCGCAGUCACUCUGUGUCGUCUCAUUUGGCGGUACAAAAGUCAGCUAGAGCAUAAGAUCAACCUCACGGAAAAAGAUGGGCUCGUCACUAAGACGAUCGAUUGGCUAUGUGCUAUCGACGAGGCCCCUCAUGUCGGCAAGGUGAUGGCCACACUCAUUGGCAACGUUCAGAGGAAACUGCAACCGAACCACCAGGAGGCGACUCAGUCUUUACUGGAGAUACAGCGAACGGACGCCGAUUCGAACGCCAUACCUGAUUUUCUGGCCAUGGAGGACUACUUUGACUUUGACUGGGAUGGAAUGGCACCAGACUGGCAGUCGCUUGCUUCGGAUGACUUCUUCAUCGACCCUGGGUCGGUCUGA